AUGGUUGAUAGCGAAGCGAACUCGCCCACGUGGAAGUUCACACAGUGCUUUGGUGACAAGGGCGAUGUUGAGGACAUCACCGAAGCCGAUAUCAUCUCGACAGUUGAGUUUGACCAUACUGGAAACUAUCUCGCUACUGGCGACAAGGGUGGUAGGGUAGUGCUCUUCGAACGAAACGAGACAAAAAAAACAUGCGAGUACAAAUUUCACACCGAGUUCCAAUCCCAUGAGCCCGAAUUCGACUAUUUAAAGUCACUCGAAAUCGAAGAAAAGAUCAACAAGAUAAAGUGGUGCAGGCGACAAAACGCCUCGCACUAUCUUCUGUCUACCAACGACAAGACGAUCAAGCUAUGGAAGGUCUUUGAGAAGUCCCUUAAAGUCGUAGCGGAGAACAAUCUUUCUCAUGAUGUUACACCUGGAAAUGUUGCAGGUGGUGGUGGAGCUCCCAAGCCUCUACCUACCCAUCAGUUCAAGAAUGCUGCUGAUCUCAAGUUGCCUCGCCUUACACACCAUGACACAGUUGUCGCCGCUGUGCCACGCCGGACAUACGCCAAUGCACAUGCCUAUCAUAUCAACAGCAUUUCAGUGAACAGCGACGGAGAGACCUUUAUCAGCAGUGAUGAUUUGCGGAUCAAUCUUUGGAACCUCAAUAUUCAGGAUCAGAGUUUUAACAUUGUUGAUAUCAAGCCUGCCAACAUGGAAGAGCUCACCGAAGUCAUCACGGCUGCCGAAUUUCACCCCAUGAGCUGCAAUUGGUUUAUGUAUGCUAGCUCUAAGGGCACUAUCAAGCUUGCGGACAUGCGAGAGAGCGCCCUGUGCGAUCAGCACGCCAAACUAUUUGAACAAGAGGAGGACCCCUCCUCACGAUCAUUCUUUUCAGAGAUUAUUUCCUCCAUCUCUGAUGUACGAUUCUCGCAUGACGGUCGAUACAUCCUAUCUCGUGAUUAUCUUACCGUGAAGAUUUGGGAUAUCAACAUGGAGCGACAGCCAGUAAAGACGAUACCGAUCCAUGAGCAUCUUCGACCACGAUUGUGUGACACAUACGAAAACGAUAGUAUAUUUGACAAGUUCGAGGUUGUCUUCUCCGGUGACGCGAAGAAUGUCAUGACAGGCAGCUACAACAACAACUUCAUGAUCUAUCCUUCAGACCCAGACAAGGAGGUCGAGGUGGUCCUUCAGGCCGAUAAGUCGGCUUUCAAGGCCAAGAAGGUUGGAGUUCCUACGCCAAUUAAUUCAGCAACAAGCCCUACCGCAACAAACGGUAAGAAGGGUGGCUCUAGAGCUGGAAGUCCAGGUGGUCAGGGUCAGCGGAUGCGUAAGGAGACAGAUGCGGACCAGAUCGAUUUUAACAAAAAGAUUCUGCAUAUGAGCUGGCAUCCGUUCGAGGACAGUAUUGCAAUUGCGGCUACAAACAACCUAUUUGUAUUCUCAGCCCUCUAG